GUUGGAAGGAUCUUGCGUGGCGCGAUUCAUCUAAACAGCUUGUGGCAGUGUCUCAGGUUAGUCUCUAACCAGGGCUAUUUCUUCCCUUUGAAGGGAACAUUUAUUUUAUUUUCCCCAAAUGCUGCCCUUCUGUAACCGAGAAAAUUGCCUACCAGUUAUACAACAAAGCCCCAAUCGGUACCUGGUAGAUACCUGCCCGGCUUCCCACCUGCGGAAGACAUUGCUCCUAGGCUUGCAUUUUAAAAACGUCCAAGUCCCCAGAAUAUCUCUUUGAGGAAAUCUAUCCGCCUUCCAGAGAGGUUUAAAUGGGGCAUGGCAGCUUUCCAAAGUCUGACCCCAGUUACAGAUGUUCUGCCCUUCUGAAAGUCUGGCCUUUCUCCUUGACUUAAUAUCUCUCAGCACCUUGAAGGGAACCUUUCUAUGCAGAAGCAAGAGGCUCGUAGGGUGCAAAGGGAAUAGUGAACAAGCUCUCACCUUGAAUUGGGCUUACAUGGCUUUUGUGGGGAUGUCAUACCCUUAAGGCCACACCAGAGCAUUUCUGGGUUUCCUUUCUCCCGUCUGUCAUAGCCCUUGAGCAUGUGAGCAUCUGUCAUUUCACCAAAGACUGGCUGUGGCUUUGGGAUGUUCUCCUAGUGCCUUGUACAUAAAACUAGGGACUAAGGCCAUGUCUCUGCUUCUGAAGGUAAAGAACAGCAAGGAGUACAUGGCUGCAGUGGAAGGGGAUAAAGCAAAAAGGAGGAAAAAUGAGGCAGCCAACAGCUUCAGGGUGCACAGCAGGCCUGCCGUGUAAUAUGGGCACCCUCGAAGUCUGACUUCCCGGUCAGAGAUUCCAGCCCUAUCUCCGGGCCAGCAGGAUCAACUCCCAAAUGGACAGGGGAGAAGAGAGAGAGGCACUUCAGCCACUGGACCACUGCAUCCGUGAGGGUUUCAAGAAGUUGUACCAAAACCAGCAGCUCUGUGAUGCCACCAUCGUGACCGAAGGACAGCGGUUCCCAUGUCACAGGAUGCUGCUGGCUGCAGUCAAUCCCUACUUCCGAGCCAUGUUUGUCAACUCCUUCAAAGAGUCCCAUGACGGAGAAAUUCUGAUGCAUGACAUGGACCCCUUCACCGUGCAAACCGUCCUGAACUACCUGUACACCGAGGAGGUCUCCAUUACGGCGGAGUCAGCCCAGGCUGUGUUCGUAGCAGCCAGCAGGCUCCAGAUCCUCCCACUCCUGGAGAUCUGCACCAGUUUUCUUCUGAAGGAAGUUUCCUUGAAGAACUGCGUGAAACUUUACGAGUUGGGCUAUGCCCACAAUGAACAAGCUCUGCUUCAAGCAGCCAUGAGGCAUAUCAGCCUGAACUUCAGGCGCCUUUUCGUGAAGGCCAACAGCUUCCGACAGCUGCAGCUCAGCUCUCUCAUCAGCAUCAUCUCCUCCGACAGCCUCCUGGUCUCCUCUGAACUAGUCGUGUACUGGGUCGUCCGACGCUGGGUGAGGUUUCAACCCUCCAAACGCCAUCCGUUCCUGGGUGAGCUAAUGAAGCACGUCCGCCUUCCUCUCCUCACCCACGAAGAGCUGCGGGAAGUCCAGCUCGAAUCGGAGCAUUACCGAGAUAUUCGGCUGCAGUGGAAGCGUCUCAAUCGGCAAGAGCGGCUACAGGAGUGCGGCGGUCUCAGGCAGGGGAUGUACAACAAGUGCAUUGUAUGCGUGGACCUGUUCAACAAGGAGGGCCCGGAGCUGAAGAUCAAGGACUCUCAGAUAGGCUGCUACAACCCUCAGUCAGGGGCGUGGGAAAAGCUGCCCCCCCUGAAAUGCUUGUAUUGCGCGCGGUGCUUGGCGGUGAGAGACAAGCUCUACGUCACGGGGGGCGUCCACAGGGACCACUCUUAUUCAGACACUCUCCACGAGUACAGCUCUUUCCGAGGCCAGUGGAUACGGCUGCCUUCCAUGUCCACGCCCCGCGCUUCACACGGCUUUCUCAGUUGCAACCAGAAGCUGUAUGCCAUUGGAGGUUGGUGCUGUUACGAGGGCUACCUUGACUCGGCGGAGUGCUUUGACCUAGCGAAAAAGGUCUGGACGCCCAUCUCUCGGCUGCCAUUCACACUGAGCCAUUUUGCUUCCACCGUGCUCAGGAACAAGCUGUAUAUAGUCGGCGGGGUGACAGGUGCCCGGGGCUCUUGGACCGCUUCUAGGAAAGUUUUGAUCUACAAGGUGAGCUCCGAUGUGUGGGUGCAGGUGCUCCUGGACUUUGAGUGCUGCUGGUCUGGAGCCGUCUCCAUGAACAAUGGGAUCUACGUGGUCGGUGGGUAUUUCAGGAGCAGAGCGAGACAUUACAACGAGGGAUGGCCUGAUUCAGGAAGCCUUUACUGCACGAGGAAGUGUUUCUUCCUGGGCGAAGAUGGCCGAGUGAACAAAGAUAUUGCCAUCCCAAAGCUGCCCGUUGAGAUUGCUGGUGCCGGUGUGGUACGCUGGAAGAAGAGGAUCUACGUGCUAGGCGGUGAGAAAACAAAUCUAUAUACAAACUGGGAUCAUAAAAACAAAGAGGAAUAUUAUAACACAAUUUACUAUUGGGAACCUGAAGAAGCCCGAUGGACUCAGUGCCCAGAAAGGCUCCCUUUUACCAACUGGGGUCUCAGUGGGUUUGGGUGUUCAACGCUGAAGGUACCUAAAAGACCUAUUCUGUCUCUUUUCCGAAAGACAUCCAUUGCCCUGACAGCAGUCGAGUUAGCAGAGAGUUAGCUGCGUUUUAGCCAGUUGACCAACUGCCUCAUGCGUAGCAUAUCCUGUACUUAAAACUGCUUGCGUGAAAAUCAUUGGGCCGUUAUUUUACUGUGUAUUUACGUGGAAUUCGGAGGUGUUGCAUUGAAAACAAGCAGCCUGUUGCUGAAGGGAAGGAUGCCUUCUGCUGGAGCGGUGUUUUGCCCUUAUUCAUUGUGCGCCUACAUUACUGUCAGAGCCAAACUCCCCCACCAAAUUUUAUCUAUUAAAAUAUAUUGAAUCUAUUAAAACCAGCUAACAACACACUUCUUGGUGUGGGAGGGAGGGUUGAAGAUCAUAUUAAAUCAUAUCUCAGUUGUGGAGUUAGCCUCCAACUGCUUGUGGCCUGCUUUACUUGACCAAAAGCCCAGACAACUAUUCUGGGGGUAGCUGGGAUGUUGGGCUCCCAGGCACCUAAGUCACUUAGGAGCAUCUGGAAAUGUUAUGAAUUGUGUCUACAGCCAUUUCUCCUAGACACGCCCUUGCCCUUACUAUUGAAACCAAAAGGUCAGCAAGGUUUGGUAUAGUAUGGGGUACCUGAAUGGAUAGCCAGAAUAUCUAGAGCUAGUGUGG